UUCAUUCACCCCCCACCCCCCCUCGAUACCCUCUGGUUUGACCGGACAAGAUAUCGCCCGAGUCUAGGAUACUAGAUCAUUCCUUGGUUGAUAAAUCGGAUUUACGGGGCUAUCAACGAUUCCUCGGGAUCGAAUUUCUUGUUCCCUCUCUUUCGACAUAUUGACCCCUCACACGACCGUCUACGAAGCGUCGCAGAGCUGUGAAUGAUUGCUCAGCAUGCCCGUCGAUAAUAGUGAACCCGUUAACGAGGGCUCGUCCUCGUCGACCAACUACCUCAAGGACAGACGCUUCAAGCUCAGCAGGGCAUGCGAUCGAUGUCGUCGGCGCAGGAUCAAGUGCGACGAAGGUCACCCCUGUCAGGCCUGCCUCACCUCCAGCUCGGACUGCACCUUCGAAGAGCCGGGUAAACGCACGCACCCGCACAAGUCCAAGCGGACAGCGACGCUUGAGGACCGCAUGCGGCACCUCGAGACGCUCAUCCACGCCAUCCCACCCACGGUGUUCGCCGCAGCAAAUGGGUCCUUGAACGGCGGUCAACUGUCCGUCGACUCGCCCACCUCACCAACCAUGCCCGCGCCCUUCAACGGGCUCCCUGGCGCCCUCGCCGCGCAGCAGCUCCCGCUUGGCGUUCCCCCGCCCUCCCUGAGCUCGUUCCCACUCAUGAACCCCGGAGGACACUUUACCCACCUCGGGCCGAACAGGCCUCCCAGCCUUUUCGGCGGCCAAGGCGACUCCCCGAUGGGUGGCCAGAUGGAUAUCGAAGAGGGCAUGACGCGCAUGUCGAUCAACCCGUCAUACCUUUAUCUCGACCAGGAAGGCUACACGCGAUGGCAGGGCGAGAUGUCUGGACUUCCGCUGCUCGACUUGCUGGUCGACCGGCACUCGAUCGACAUCAAGGAAGAGGCCGAUCGCGAGCCGGCGCGGACAAUAUCAGCCGCAGCCAAUCCCACUUCGCACACGUCCCCCGCGGUCCUCGAGCCGUCGCCCUCUCGACGAACAUCGAGAUCGUCCACGACGAAGGGUUCAGAUAUCAACCCAGAGGCGCUGUGGAAGACAAUCACGAACAUCAUCGUCCCAGAACUGAUGGACAGCCUCGUCCAAUGCUAUCUAUCGACAUCGUACUACCUGAUGCCGUUCCUACACGUCCCGACUUUCCUUGCUGAUUACGGCAACCCACAAAAAUGGGGCGAACCGGGAUUUGCCUCCUUCAUCGUCGCUCUGUGCUGCCUUUCCUCGCGGCACAUCGAUGACCCACGCGUGCGCGCCGACCCGAACGAUGGCGUCUCCGCCGGCUCGCAGUGGUUUGACCUCUUUCUUCGGCUUCGGGCGCUGCCCUCCGCCGACCGGCCGACACUCUACACCAUCCAAGGCGUUCUUGUCGCGGGCGUGUACGCCGUCGGAGCCGGCAAGCUCUCCAAGGCGUUCGCGCUUCUGUCCGAGGCGAUCACGCUCUCAGUCGACGCCGGCAUCCAUCGCUGCGCCGACGCGUACGACUACUUUGACCCGAUCGAGGAGGAAGUCCGCAAGCGCACGUUCUGGUGCGUCUAUCUUUGGGACAAGCAGGCGAGCGCGCACUUCGGCCGCCCGCCCAUGAUCCGCCUCCGCGACUGCGACGUGCGCGAGCCGGCGGUCGUCGACGACGAGUUCCUCACGAACGAGGGAUCAACGCCACAACCUGGAAGGCCCGAGACGGAAAGCAGGAUGUUCGCGUUUGUGUGCACUAUCCGGUUGUUCGUCGUCCUUGAGUCGGUCGUCGACGCUCCGCCGUCGCGAUACUUUGGCGAGAGCUCGGCGUUUCUUACGCGUGCCACGGGGAUCCUGUCUGGGUUCAGGAGGCACAAGGAGCUGAGGGAGGAGGAGGCGCUGUUGGACGAGGUUUGCUCGAUGAUACCGCCGUAUUGGAAGCAUUCGCCCGAGACGAUGGCGAGCGAGGAUGUGCUAAGGGUGACGCAAGCGGAGCGGUUGCACUGCAUGGAGCAGUACGUGAGGAUGCUGAUACACCGCCAUCGGUUCUCGGAAUUGGUCGCCGAUCGGACGAGGACGGGGACGGAGGAGCAGAGCGAGGCGGAGUGUGAGGCGAUUAGAUCGGCGCAUGCGUGCGCUUUGCAGAUUGUCGCGGCGCAUCUGCAUAUUGGUCUGAAGGGGAUGAUGACGUGGUAUGGUGUCCACGUCAUCCAUCAACUCACGCAGGCUGGAAGAACGCUCACCGCUGUCGUGCUCAACAGCGAAGCGGAGUCGUUGCGUGCGUUAAAACCUCCGUCCUUGGACGCUUUGCGAUCCUGCGUUGGCCUUCUCCGCCGUUUCUCGGGUCGUUACGUUUGCGGAAUGCGAUCCAGUGAUAUGAUGGAAGAAUUUUGUCGACUUACCCAAAUACCCUUGGACACGCCCGCCCGGCUGGACGAUCAAAGGCGGAGUCGUACCCCAUGGAUGAAACCUGUCCGGAAGAAGACGCGCUCUGCUGCACGUUCGCCAGGCAGCUCGACCGACUCCCCUUCGCAACAGGCGCCGAGUCCGGAGGGCUUCUCCCCGGACAUCUUCCUCGACAUGGCUGGCAGCGCGAGUCCUUCGGCAUCCGCUGCGUUCCCCAUGGGCAUGCCGCCGGCAUCAGUCCCUUCACCUGCCGGCAUGCUCGACGGAUUCGGACGCAUUCAGAGCUCUACGGGAUCCCCGUUCAUGGACGGCGGCACGGGCGCUGGGAUGAUGGGCACCGGGCCCGAGCAGCUCGGGAUGUCGUCCGCGGAGAUACUUGCGUUGUUCAACGAUGGCGGCGUGGAUGUGUCGACGUUUUUCCCGUCACCCGGUCCGGUGCCGACGAGCUUGAAUGGCAACGGGCGACAUAGGUCAAAUUCGUACGCGAAUGGCGCCUUGGGGAUGACAAACUCGAUGGGUUUGUGAUUUUUUUUUCGGGUAUCUGUUGGACAUGGCUAUUCCUCCGGUGCCUCUGUCGUUGCUGCUGCUGCUCUGUAUUGUUGCGAUCGUUGUACCAUAUGAUCGAAGAAAGCAUCUUUACCUCGAC